AUGCAACGAGUACCAUAAUAUAUUCAAAGACCAAUAAUUUAAGAUUCUUUUAGAUAAUCCUUCAAAUAAACUUCAGAGUAAGAAAACUCAUGUGCUUAAUUACAAUAAAGAAAACCCAUAUAAGCAUAUCCAUAAUAUCAAUCUACAUAAGUGAUUCAAAAGCCUGAAAUACGUCCAAAUUCAUCAUAACCUAGAUAGCCAUCUAUUCAAAUAGUUCCAAGACCAUCUUCUGCUUCUACAGAUAAGAGAGCUUUUUCAAAUUAAAAAUAACCAUGCAGAUCUUCAUUUAAAGAAUUGAAAAAUUCAACAUAUAUUUCACCUUAACAAGCUACUCCUUAAUCUAGAUAUUUUUCAUUAAAAUAGCUGCCAGACACUAAUUUAAUUAAAUGCNUGGAAAUAAAAAUACUCUACUCUUCAAGUAGUAUUUUUUUGGAAAGGUAUUAUUAUUUUAUUUAAAUAUGAAGUCUGUUGGUAAUUAUAAAAUGA